UUGAGACACAGAUUAUAAGGUGCAUUAAUCACGCCAGAAAAUGAGGAACGUUGAAAUUAAAGCUAAAGUCCGAAAUCUACACAAUUUGCUUGUUAAAGCAAAAUUAAUUAGCGAGUCCGAAGGAAAAGUAAUCCCCCAAGUUGACCAAUUCUACAAUUCUAUACAGGGAAGAUUAAAAUUACGAAAAUUUGAGGAUGGAAGUGGCGAAUUGAUCUACUACGACAGGCCAGACGAUGAAGGUCCAAAGGUGUCCUCGUAUGAAAAAUGCGCGGUCGACGCGAACCUAGCGGAAUUGGAUAGAGUUUUGCAAUGCUCGCUAGGUAGUAAAGGAAUUGUAAAAAAAGUUCGGCAUUUAUUUAUGAUCGGUCAGACUCGUCUGCAUGUAGAUAUUGUUGAACAAUUAGGGAAUUUUAUGGAGUUAGAAGUUGUUCUUAAUCCAGAACAGAGUGUCGAAGAAGGGGUAGCGAUUGCUAAUGAUUUAAUGGAAAAAUUAGAAAUAGGAAAGGAAGAUUUGUUAGUAGGAGCGUAUCGGGAUAUGCUUGCAUAAGUCAAUUUUUUAUGUAUCAACACACCAAUUGUAUAAUUCCAUUAAAUGUACCUGUUUUGGCUAUAUUAUUUCUAGCUUUUUUGCCACCAACUGUAAACUGCAAAUGCUUCAAUGCGGGGCGGAACCCAUCGGUGCUAUUUGAAUACACUUGAUAUGAUUUAUGUAUUUACUUACUUCCUUCAAGGAAUAAGCGGUUUGUCAAAGAUACAGGCAACAUCACAUCGAUUACGUGUAUACUUUUGCGUGAAUACAUAAAUAAAUACUUAAAAAAACAACAUAAAGGCAGAAUCACCUGUGCAGUAUAACAAACAAACAUGAUU